CUACCAAGUCCUGCGUUAAUCAUCGUAUCAUCUUGCCGUUAAUUUUAGGGUGGAAAUUCAGGUACAGUCGACUUCACGUGAAGUUGAUAGGUGAGAGCAUUAGAUUAAAAUUAAAAUAAAGUUGAAUGCACAUGAGUUUCUACCUAAUUUUAGUACUCUUCCUUCGCCAAUCCUAUCUUCUAUUCUUAUCCUUAAUUUCCAUACUCUUAAAUGUAAUUAGUCAGAAAAAAAAUGUCUUCAUCUAAAAAAAUGAUCAAUGUCUUAAUGGUGUCACCAACUCUUCAAGGCCACCUGAAUCCAACUCUCAAUUUUGCAAAACGCCUUGCAUCAAAGGGUGUCCACGUCACCUUAGCAAUACCCGAAGAAACACCUCACCGUUUCCAAAACCUCAACACCCAAGAAACCAAUUCCCACCACAACAACAACCCAUCAAAGAUCCAGCUAGAGUACUUCUCUGAUGGCCUUAGCAUCGACCAUGAUCGCAGCAAAUACCCCGCGACCUUCAUUGCUUCCUUGGAAACCAAAGGUGCGGAGAAUCUUUCGAACCUCAUGACCCACCUAAAGAAAAACGAUCGAAGCUUCUCGUGCUUGAUCACAAGUCUUUUUAUGCCGUGGUCAGUGGAUGUUGCCGUUUCUCAUGGAAUUCCUUGCGCUGUGCUUUGGCCCCAAGCUUCUGCUCUUUUUUCCAUUUACUAUCGCUAUGUAUGCAACGCGAACCAUUUUCCCGACAUGGAGAAUCCAAAUGAGACCCUUCAGUUACCCUCACUGCCGAUGCUAAGGGUCCGAGAACUUCCUAGUGUUUUACUUCCUUCUUGCCCUCCCUACCUCAAGAAAUUGCUGAUGGAUUUUAAACCAAUCUUGGACAAAGUGAAAUGGAUUCUAGGAUCUUCCGUUUACGAGUUUGAAGAGGAGAUAGUGAACUCCAUGGCUUCACUGAGCGGUAUCCUUACCAUUGGACCCCUUGUGUCACCUUAUUUGUUAGGACAAAAAGAAAGUGAAGAUUCUGAUGAUCUUAGUGAAAAUUUUUUGAGACCAGAAGAUUCUUGUCUACAAUGGCUUAAUGAAAAGGCAACUAGUUCGGUUAUCUACGUGGCAUUUGGUAGUUUAAUGGAGUUUUCACAGAAGCAAAUGGAUAACAUCGCAACUGCUUUGAAGAACACAAAGAAACCAUUUCUCUGGGUGAUUACGCCACAGAAGGGUGGUGCUGAAUUGCCGCAAGGGUUCUUGGAAGAAAUCAAAGAAAUGGGGUUAGUGGUGACAUGGUGCCCUCAGGCGAAGGUGCUAAUGCACCCUGCGGUGGCUUGCUUUGUAAGCCACUGCGGGUGGAACUCAACCCUGGAAGCGGUAACGGCCGGCAUACCGAUCGUUGCCCUUCCAAACUGGUUGGAUCAACCGACGAAUGCUAAGCUUGUAGAAAAUGUGUUUAAGACUGGGGUGAGGAUGAGGAUUGGGGAAGAAGAAGAUGGGGUUGCGAGCGCUGAAGAGGUUGAGAGGUGCAUUACGGAAGUCAUGGAGGGUCCCAUGGCUGAAGAGAUUAAGAUGAGAGCAGUGGGGCUAAAAGAGGUUGCACGGAAAGCGAUGGUGGAUGGUGGUUCGUCAGAUAGAAAUAUCAAUCGGUUUGUCACCGAAAUUUCUGGAAAAUCCACUUAGAAUAGUCAAGUUGCAUUUGAAAAAUACAGUCUUCUAUCCUAAUAAAUUAGUCCUC